ACUGGUGACAGCCUAAAGGAUAAAGUACACUUCCCUUGUCAGGUUUCUUCCUCCGCAACAUCAAAAUAUUCUCACUGGAAAACUUGAGAAGCAAAAAUGUCAUCAAGAGUAUCAGUAACAGUAUCACAAGACGGAACAGCUGAUUACCGAACAGUACAAGAAGCAAUAGACGCCGUUCCGUUAUCCAACAAAUGUCGCACUGUCAUUCGUGUAGCUCCUGGUGUUUAUAAACAGCCUAUCUAUGUUCCUAAAACCAAGAAUUUAAUUACCCUUGCUGGAUUUAGCCCUGAAGUUACCGUAAUUACCUGGAAUAAUACUGCCACUAAAAUUGAUCACCAUCAGGCUGCAAGGCUAAUUGGUACUGGGACAUUUGGAUGUGGAACUACAAUAGUUGAAGGAGAGGAUUUUAUUGCUGAGAACAUCACCUUUGAAAACUCUGCUCCUGAGGGAUCAGGACAGGCAGUGGCAAUCAGAGUUACAGCUGAUCGUUGUGCGUUUUAUAAUUGCAGAUUUCUUGGUUGGCAGGAUACAUUGUAUUUGCACUACGGGAAGCAGUAUUUGAAAGAUUGCUAUAUCGAAGGAAGUGUAGAUUUUAUUUUUGGUAAUAGCACUGCUCUUUUAGAGCAUUGCCACAUACACUGCAAAUCGGCGGGAUUCAUUACUGCACAAAGCAGGAAAUCUUCUCAAGAGACAACCGGCUAUGUGUUUCUGAGAUGUGUGAUCACUGGUACUGGAGCGACCUCAUAUACACAUCUUGGACGCCCAUGGGGGCCUUUCGGGAGAGUGGUUUUUGCCUUUUGUUAUAUGGAUCACUGUAUUAAGCAUUGCGGUUGGAACAACUGGGGUAAGGCAGAAAAUGAGAGAACUGCUUGCUUCUAUGAGUAUAAGUGUUUUGGACCGGGUAGUUGCCCGUCAAAACGAGUGACCUGGGCCAGAGAAUUGAUGGAUGAAGAAGCAGAACAAUUUCUCAUGCAUGGUUUCAUCGAUCCAGAUCAACAAAGGCCGUGGCUGUGUCAGAGGAUGGCGUUGCGCGUACCAUAUUCAGCAUAAAGCUCGGGUGUCUCGCCACUACCUCGUUAGAUACCCUUUUGCAGAUCAAUACCUUAAAUUUUGAAAUUCCACUCUUUAUAAAUAAAAUCUUAGUACUGUGGAAGGUU